UGAAAGAACACAUGAUUACAACCCAAGAAUGGCAUCAACCACUACUACUACAACUAGAACCCCGCACAAAAUACUUCGAAUCGUCUUCUUACUUUCACUAGUCCUAUUAACCCUCUUUCUCUUCACCAAAAUAACUCUUGAUCCAUUUUAUUACAUCUACACAACAGCAUUAACAAAUUCAAACAACAACAUCAACAUCCAUCCUCAAUUUAACAUCUCUCAAACUGAUCAAUUUGAGCUCAAAACCCCAAAUCUUGAACCCAACUUAACCAAUUUAAAUUUCAUUAAAGAUGACACUUUUUCAAAAACUGAAUCUGGGUUUGAUGAUUCUGAGCCUAUAGACGAAAACCCAGGUCAUGGAAUUGAAUCAAAUGGUUCAGAAUUAGUGAAAAAUGAUGAAAAUGAAAGUGGGAAUGUGGAGAAAAUUCAAGAAUUGGUUAAAAAGAGUGUUGAUUGGGGGAAGAAAUGUAAUAUGCAUUAUGGGAAAUGGGUGAAAGAUGAUGAGUAUCCAAUAUAUAAAAGUGGAUCUUGCCCUUUUGUUGAUGAAGCUUUUAAUUGUCAAGAAAAUGGAAGAUCUGAUACUGAUUAUAUGAAAUGGAGGUGGCAGCCUGAUGAAUGUGAGCUUCCAAGAUUCAAUGCAACUGAUUUCUUGGUGAGACUAAGAGGAAAGAGAUUGAUGUUAGUGGGAGACUCCAUGAACCGGAAUCAGUAUGAGUCGCUACUUUGCCUUUUAUAUGAAAGCCUUCCUAAUAAGAGCAAAAUGUACGAAAUUCAUGGCUGGAAGAUAACUAAAGGAAGAGGCUAUUUUGUCUUUAAGUUUGAGGAUUAUAACUGCACAGUUGAAUUUUUGCGAUCUCAUUUUUUGGUGCGGGAAGGAACUCGAAUCAAUGGACAAGGAAACUCGAAUCCAACAUUAUCAAUGGAUAAAAUUGAUAAAUCAGCUGGACGUUGGAAGAAGGCUGACAUUCUCGUCUUCAAUACUGGACAUUGGUGGGUUCAUGGAAAAACUAGCAGGGGGAAAAAUUAUUUUAAAGAAGGGGAAUACAUUUAUCCAAAGUUUGAUGCUGUGGAAGCAUUUAGGAGAGCACUGAAGACGUGGGGAAAAUGGAUUGAUAAAAACAUGAACCAAGAAAAAUUGAUCUUUUACCGAGGCUACUCAUCUGCCCAUUUCAGGGGUGGGGAAUGGGAUUCAGGUGGAACAUGCCAUGGUGAAACUGAGCCGAUCAAAAGUGGACGAAUCAUCGAAGCCUAUCCUCAAAAAAUGAAGAUAAUUGAGGAAGUAAUACAAGAAAUGAAAUUCCCAGUUGUGCUUCUAAAUGUUACAAGGUUGACCAACUUCCGCAAGGACGGUCACCCAUCAGUUUAUGGCAAAAAUGUGACCGGUCUUAAAAAGGUCUCUACCAAAAGGGAAGAUUGCAGUCAUUGGUGUCUUCCAGGAGUCCCCGAUGCUUGGAAUGAACUCAUUUAUGCCACACUUGUCGCGAGAACAAAAUAGCCAAUUAAUUAAUAAACGUCACGUGACGGUCAAGGUCAGUUUCAAGGAAAACAGUAGUGUUUGUAGCAAAAUGUACGAGUUUUUGAUGACAUAGUACAAAUAUAGUAUACACAAGGUAGAGCAGCUGAAUCUCCACCCCCCCCCCCCCCCCCCCCCCCCGAUCCACAGAACCGUAGCAUCAUCAGUUGAUGGUCACCAGAUUUGGUUUUCAUUAUCAAGGAUUGCCAAACAAUUAGAUUACUGUAUACAUGAAAAGGAUUGCCAAACAAUUAGAGCCCAAAUUAUUGUUACAGUUGUAUGUUUUGUUCUGUAUCUUUGCACAGAACUGUGUAGUUUUAAUAAUAAAAUGACUUAAAACUCUGUUUAUUUCAUCUUACCUUA